CCUCUGCCAGCUCGGCGGCCGGUGGCGCGGCGGCCGUCUGGCUCCGGCACCCCCGCCGGGCGGCUAAGAUGAGCGAAAGGAGGCGCUCGGCUGUGGCCCUCAGCUCGCGAGCGCACGCCUUCUCGGUGGAGGCCCUGAUCGGCUCGCACAAGAAGAGGAAGCUCCGCGACUGGGACGGCAAAGGCCUGGAUUUGUCCAUGGAGAGCCUCAGCCCCGACGGGCAGCUGCCAGACGCCGACGACCCUGCCCGGUGCCUGGACCUGAACCCAGAUUCAGAGCAGAGCACAGGAUCCGAAACCGAAGUGCUGGCAGAGCGGACAUCCUGCUCGUUUGGUUCCCCAUCGGACCUCACCUCAAGCAACUCACUCUCUCAGUCUUUGCCUGCCUCAUCCAUGGAGGAGAUCCAAGUGGAAUUGCAAUGUGCUGAUCUCUGGAAGCGAUUCCAUGAUAUUGGCACCGAAAUGAUCAUCACCAAAGCAGGCAGGAGAAUGUUUCCUGCAAUGAGAGUGAAGAUUACAGGAUUGGAUCCUCACCAGCAGUAUUACAUAGCCAUGGACAUUGUACCUGUGGAUAAUAAGAGAUACAGGUAUGUGUAUCACAGUUCCAAGUGGAUGGUAGCGGGAAAUGCUGACUCCCCCGUGCCUCCGAGAGUCUAUAUUCACCCUGACUCACUGGCAUCUGGAGACACCUGGAUGCGGCAAGUUGUCAGUUUUGAUAAACUCAAGCUGACCAACAAUGAACUAGAUGAUCAAGGCCAUAUAAUCUUGCAUUCAAUGCAUAAGUAUCAGCCACGCAUCCAUGUUAUUUGCAAAGACUUCAGCAGUGACCUGUCUCCCACAAAACCAGUCCCCACAGGUGAUGGGGUAAAAACCUUCCAUUUUCCAGAGACCGUCUUCACCACAGUUACUGCUUAUCAAAAUCAGCAGAUUACCAGGUUGAAAAUUGACCGAAAUCCAUUUGCAAAAGGGUUCAGGGAUUCUGGAAGAAACAGAACUGGCCUGGAGGCCAUUAUGGAAACAUAUGCAUUUUGGAGGCCCCCUGUGCGCACACUCACCUUUGAAGAUUUCACCACCAUGCAAAAACAGCAAGGGGGCAGCACAGGCACUUCCCCAACAACCUCCAGCACAGGGACCCCCUCACCCUCGGCAUCUUCCCACCUCCUGUCCCCAUCCUGUUCUCCUCCAGCCUUUCAUUUAACCCCCAACACUUUCAAUGUUGGCUGCCGAGAGAGCCAGUUUUGUAACCUGAAUCUCUCCGAGUAUCCACCGUGUGCAAGAAGCAACAUGGCUGCCCUGCAGAGCUACCCAGGAUUGAGUGAGAGUGGAUACAGCCGGCUCCAGAGCGGGUCUUCUGCUGCUGCUCAGCCAUCGGAAAACUUCAUACCUCAGCGGACUCCAACUCUGAUCUCAGGGAUGCCUGCUCCUUCUGCCCUGCCCACUAAUGGCAAAAUGGAAGCUUAUGGUGGCCAGCUGGGAUCAUUCCCAACAUCUCAGUUCCAGUAUGUCAUGCAAGCUGGCAACCCCACCUCCACUUCUUCUUCUUCUUCUUCUUCCCAUAUGUUUAGCGGUGGCCACAUGCAACAGAGCUCCUACAAUGCCUUUUCCCUUCACAACCCUUAUAAUUUGUAUGGAUACAAUUUCUCAGCUUCUCCGAGGUUGGCAGGAAGCCCUGAAAAACUGGCCACCACACAAAGCACUUUACUUUGUUCUGCUCCUUCCAGCGGUGCCUUUGGAGAGAGGCAGUAUCUUUCAACAGGGAUGGAUCACAGCAUGCACAUGAUCAGCGCCCCCAACAGUAGCCAGCCCACAGCCAGCACUUGUGAGAAUAGGCAGUAUGGUGCUGUCACAGGAUCAUCUUCACAAAUGUCUAUGCACAUGGUUUAAAGGGUGCUCGGAGCCAUCGCCUUGGCCAAAUUGUGAACAAACAUCUCAUUUUAUCUUCUGGUGGGUUCAUCCCGGUUGCUUUUCAGAUUUAAACGGGACUUGCAUUUGAAUGCUCAAUGGAAUCUAAGCCAAUUAUAGCUAUAUUUCAAAGAACUGAAUCGUGCAGACUGGAGUCAAAAGCCAUGUGGAACUAAAUAGCUUCCAUUUUCAAUGGAUGCAUUUUAAAAAGAGAAAACUGUUUACAAAUAAUAGGGGCCGUGCUUUACAGUAUAUGCAAUAAUUCUAAGUUGGGUGUGAACUGUUCCUAACAGAAACCCAGUGUUUCUGCCUUUUUUUUUUGAAGCUUCCCAGAUGUGUGCACCAAUCCCUGAAGAUUCAAGCUGUCCUAUAAAACUGCACUAUUGGAAAUAGACAAUUGCCAAAAUGCCUUCUUGUUAUCUACAUUUAUUAGUUCAAGUUCAUAGCCAUCUCUCACUCAGCUUGGUGAACAUUUUAUUUGACUGGAAUGUCUCUUCUUGAGAGAAUUUUGCCUUUUCUAUUUUGAGAGUAUGUGACUCUUGCAAGAGAACAGUAUCUUUUUCUCUUUACAAAAUUUUGCCUGAAGAGAAGGAGAGGAAAUGCCCAUUAACCCUAAAAUAUUUUCUUGAUGUAUGCAGGCAGGGAAUUGUUUUUAUAGCAGGCUUAUCUGGAAACAGGCAUGACUGCUGCCCACGACAUCUCAUUUAGAAAAGGAAUAAGGGGAAGUUGUGCUCAACUGAACAUUCAGGGGCUUAUAUAAAAUUGAAAAAAAAAAUGGCAAGCCAUGUGCAAAAAGUUUAUCUUCCCCAGGAGGUAGUUAUAAAGGAAGAAUUUAUCUUAAUCAGAGGUUUUGUUGAAUGGACAAGCAGAAGCCUCAUUGCAAAGAAGGCCUGUUCUGUCUGCUGAAUUGGCCAAGAAAUAAGUGCCUUUCUCAAAUAUUUUUCUCUUCUAAUAUUAUUUUUUUUCUUAAUCUGUUGGAAAGUAAGUAAGCAAAUGAUGCUCAAUAGAAAAAGAGUAAAGUGAUCUUUUAAGUUAAAGUGUGAAAAUAAAAUUGCCAAAUAACGUGAACUGCAGUAGAGAGGUUGUUUUGAUGUGUUGUAGAUAAAUGUAUUUAAUAUGUUUCUAGAAUUUGUGGGAGGGAGGGGAGUACAAUAUUAUGAAUAUUAAAGAGGGUGAUAAAAGUGUAUGUAAAAUAUAUAUUAAGAAAGAAAGUGUAUAAAGAUUUGCCUUAUGCAGAGAACUCUGUUUCUAGGUGCCAAGCACAGAUCUUAUACAAAAUAAACUUUUGCCCUUU